AUGGCCGCCGACCCCGAAGACCAACAAUCGCCCGCGGCGCCGGCCAUUCCGUCAUGGCAGCGCGACGCCGCCACGGCCGCCUCCGCCGGCGGCGAUGAUGGUGCGAGCGCCAGUGACAGCGACAGCGGCCAGGCGCCGACCGACGCCCAGCAGCCCGAGGACCAGCUGCAAGUCACCCGCCGCUUCCUCGAGGCCGAUGAGGUGAAGACGGCGUCGCGCGACAAGAAGGCCGAGUUCCUCAAGUCCAAGGGCAUCGAGGACGGUGACAUCCAGAAACUCCUCGGCGAGCCGACGACGUCACAGCAGGUUGGCGCACCCACGCCCGACUAUACACUCAUGGCCGCAUAUGCUGACACUCUGCUCUUCCAGAAGCACGACGAGAACAACAGUGCGGUCCCCGACGCCCAACACGCACAGCAAGAAGCAACACAGACCCCGUCGUCACUAUCGCCCAGUGCCGGCGACCGCCCCCCCGUCGUCACCUACCCCGAAUUCCUCACCAAGCCGCAGCGCCCGCCGCCCCUCGUCACCACAAACGGCCUCUUCAACACCCUAUAUGCCUUCGCCGGCCUCUCCACCCUCCUCUACGGCACGAGCAAAUACGUCGUCGGCCCCAUGGUCGAGAGCCUGACCGACGCCCGCGCCGACCUCUACGACACCUCCUCCAAGAAGCUCGACGCCCUCGUCGCCAAGCUCGAAAAGACCGUCUCCGUCAUUCCCCCGCCCAAGACCGCUGCCGGCGCCGUGUCCGCCGCGGCCGACGAGGACGCUGACGCGAGCGACGCCGAGGACCCUACCGAGAUGUUCCACCGCGACAUCGGCACCCAGACCACUUCCCUGCCAGCCCGCCCGCUUGCCUCGGCCAAGGCCAAGGACGGCGAGGGCGAGCCCCUGUCGGCGCGCCAGGCCGAGCGCCUGACAACCCUGGCCAAGACGCUGUCUGGCAUCAAAGACCAGUUCCGCACACAGAGCGAGGACAUGGAUGAGAUACGCACCCUUCUCGACGUCUUCCGCGACGACCUCGACGGCAUGACGUACGGCGGCCAGACCCAAUUUGUCGGAGGUUACGACAUGUAUGGCACGGCCACGAAGUCGGAGCCCGAGGACGAGAUACGCAAGGUGAGGGACAAUAUCAGGAGGGUCAAAGGCGUGCUGCUGAGCACGAGGAACUUUCCCGGCUCGACUCGGUGA